AUGGCUAUAAACGCAUGGAUUCUGGACACAGGCUCAGAGAUCCAUGUUGUGAAUGACCGGAGUAGAUUGUUCGACGUCCAACCGCUUUCGACAGGGCUCAAAGUGGUAGCCGGAACGGGAACCUGCGACGCCGACGAGGCUGGCAGCGUAAACCUCAAGGUUAGAACACCUUCUGGCAAUAGAACAAUUACUCUCAAAGGUGUCAAGUACAUACCUCGCUUUAAGGACGAACGUCGUCUCUGUCACGUCUCAACACCAAAGGCGUCUACUUCAACAACCAGGCUAGUCAACUGA